UUAACAAGUUAUUGUUUAAUCAGCUCACGUGGCCAGGGGGAGUGGACUGCAGGAUCUCACGUCUUCAAGUAAAUGUGACAAAGGAGAAGCAAACAGAGGUUAUUUCCCACAGCACUCAGGAUACAGAAAUCAAGACCUCCACAGAAGAAGCAGACAAUUCCCUGGAGAUGAGCAGCUCGUGUUCCAGUCAGGAGAUGGAUUGCUCGGAACCAUACAGUGAAUGUACAGAAGCAGAAGGAGAGUCCAACUGUCAAGAAAUGGCAAGUGCUGUCAGCAGUCUGGAGUCACACAUGGAUUUUUCUGAGCUAUUUGAAGAGAGCAACAAGGAAAAAGACAGCACAGGGGACACAGACAACAGUCACAGUGAAAGAAUUGUGCAGAAUUCUUGCUCUGUGACGGUGAAUGCAGAGACCACAAACUUGAGCCAAAAGCAGACAGUAGACAAUAACAAUGGAUCUCAAGAAAGCAUUGUGCAGAAUUCUUGCUCUGUGACGGUGAAUGCAGAGACCACAAACUGGAGCCAAGAGCAGACCGUAGACAAUAACAAUGGACCUCAAGAGCUGCAUUUCAACAUAAAUGUUACUGUAUCAUCAAACAAUGGCCUUAAUUCAGAAAAAAUACAGAAAAGAAGGAAUGAGAACAGUGAUGAGCCCAAACCAUGCUAUGGGAAAAAGAUGAAAGUAGGACCCACCAAAAAUCAAUGAGAGACCUCAAUUCUUAAGGAGAGUUAUAACAUCUCCCAGCAGCGAUGCAGAGUACGGAAACAGGAACCAUCUCGAUGACAGCUGUCUACUCAGCCACGUUCCCUGGGAGCUGCUUGAGGAUGUUACGCCAAAGACCCCUGUCAGUUUUACAGAUAAAAGUCAUUAGAGCAGAUGCAGUUCACAUGAAUAUAUAUAAUAUAUGGCCGGUAAUAAAAUGGUAUUACAACAAUAUA